UUUACAAAUAUACAACAACAGUCAACAAAAGGUCGGCAGAACUGAAGGGUCGCAGGCGAGUGAACACAUUUACUACAAUUUUCUUCUCGUGAACCUACUCUUUGUCGCAAUAUGAGGAUGAGUAGCGAGAAGAGAACCAUUUGGAUAAUUGUCAAAGAUGGAGAAGUCAUGUCUGAUCUAAAGCGAUUCCAGUUCAACUGUGUCGAUGGAGUAGAGGAGGAGGACAAGGUCUAUGAAAAAACCAAGUUCUUAGAGGAUCUUGCAGAGCAACUUGGUUUGUCAGGAUUUGAAAAGACCAGUGUCUUAAAGCUAAGGAAUGGCAGAGGUUCUCUUAUACCACUAAGUAGAAGAACUCCUGAAAAUACAGUAACAAGCCCCUACAUUCUUGAAGUUUGUAGAAGACAUUCAACAGUAAAACCCAGUCCUAGAAGAAUUGAUGUGCCCAGUUACAAUGAAACAUACCAGAGAAAGUUAACGACAUUUACCAAGCGGAUUAGCAGGCUGGAGGAAACUCUUCCUCAACUGUCACUCUUGCGAGAUGCUAAACUUAGCGCGGAAGUGAAAACUUUGGAACAGAGAUUAAUGUUUUUGAAUUCAAAACUCCAGGAAGCUGAUUCUCGGCAAUGGAAAGGAAUGUUUACUAAACAUCCUUUGUGGUGACCAGCAAACUCCACACAGGUCCAUUGGACUUAGUAUGAUUGAGGCGACUAAGUUAAAGAGUUGUACAAAACUUCUAUAAACGUGUUUUGCCUAGAUGGCGGGCAUCAUUUAUUGCCUUGUUGAAGUGGAGCAAACUGUACUAAGGUCAAAAUUUACAGUGUGUGGAAAAGACACAUUACAGUGGUAGUCAGUUUUUUAAUUAUUAUUUCCCUGCUUUGUAAAUGUGGAGGGAAAGCGAACGCGCAGUUUAGAUCGCUAGCUGUCUUAUGUUGGAACUCCGAAAAAUUUCGAAAGUUAUAUAGCCAAGUAUAGUUUAAUGAAAUGGUUAUACAAAUGCUUAUGGUUAUGCAAAGAAUAAGUAGAUUUUACACCGUUGAAAUCCGAAUUGCAAUUUCCUUCAGGUCAGAUUGCAUUCUAUAUCUUCACAUCAAUAUCGUUUUCGGGAAUGAAAGCAGCAACAACAUGCGUGGCCCUGAAGUUGCAUAGUUGCUGUUAGAGAUACGUUGAACAUGAUAUCUGUAAGGAACUGUACAGUUUGCAUUAAAAUUACUGUAAUUCUUUACUCAAUUAUGUCCCACACUUCGACUGCUCUGUAAAGACUUUUUAUUUUUGCAGCAAAAGUUCGACUGACAAGUUGGAAAAAAAUGUUAAUUAAAAAGUCUUUUUUUUUUUUAUCUUUUUUUUUUUUCUAGAAACAAGCAGCUGUAGAUCACAGACAGUUCUUUUAACGAAAGUUUAUUUACAGCGACAUACGGCCGUUCAAAAACAUAGCCAUGUUAAUCAAACAAACAGACAAAGGAAAUAAACAAACACAGGAAAAAGAGUGAGAAAGGGAAACUAUUAUAAUCGAGAUUAGCAGCUUCUUGGCACGGGAAUGGUUAGCUUAAUAAAGCUGUAUUCGAACGAGCAAGUUCAGUUCUCUGACAAUAAAAGGCUUCCUCUUUUAAUUUUCCCUCA